AUGAAUAUAAAUGAACAACAUGUUCAAACAUUGGCAACAUCAAUUGAAAUGUUGACAUACUCAGUAAAAGGUGAUAUUUUGGUUGCUGGAGGUGACUCAUGUGUUUGGACCGCAAAAAGUGUUGAAGUAUUUUCAUUUAAGGAGAGGAAAUGGUUUGAGAUUGCAUCAAUGGAAAAUGGACACAGUUGGGCUUCAUCAUUUAUUUAUAAGGAUAAUUUAUUUGUUGUUGGAGGAUUUAACUGCAAGUCAAUGGAGACAUUGAAUGUAAAAAAGUUACCUUUGACAUGGAGGAAAUUUCCUACAGAGCUUCCUUAUGUAUAUUGGAGUCAUCAAACUGUUGUUUGUAAUCAACAAAUCUUUCACAUUGGAGGACUUAUUAAGAACAAAGGACCAUCAGAUUUGAUCAGUGAAAUAAAGAUUACAGGUACAACAUCUUAUAUUUUGAAAGAGUUGUGUCGUAUGCCUGAACCACGAUUUGACCAUGGAGCUGUUGUUGUUGAUGAUAAAGUUCUUAUUUUUGGAGGACGGGGAAAAGAUCAUGAAGCUUUGUCCAGUGUUUUGAAGUUUGAUCCAAUGACUCUUACAUUUAAGGAAAUGCCUCCAUUACCUCAUCCAUUGACUGACAUGGCAACAGUUCAAUGGAGAGAUCAAGUUGUUCUUCUUGGAGGUUCUGAUGAAGGAAGAAAAGCGUUGAACAGUGUUAUCAUGUAUGACAGUAAUACAGGAAAGAUUACAGUCUUACCAUCCAUGUUGGAAAAGAGACAGUGGUGUUGUGCAGUUAUAACUGGUGAUACAAUUGUUGUCAUGGGAGGUAAGAGUGGUAAUCUAACUAUCUUAAAUCAGUGGAGUGUUUUAAAAUGGGAAUCAGUUCUUCAUGGACAUAUCUUCCUUCAAUGA